AUGGUUUCAAGAUCUCUCUCACGAAGCUGCCUCCAGCUAUCAACAGCACAUUCCACUAGCGCAGCACAUUCCUUCACGAAUCUUUCCCCUCGCAGAUUUCACAGUGGCAGCGCCCCUCCAAUUCUAGAUUUCCUCCUCCCACCCGCAACCCGGCGAUGGAAUUCACGGUCAGCUAUCUCACGAUCCAAGAUCCCCUUACAAAGUCGCCGACUGCUAGGAGAUACCGCACGAGGCUUUACUUCUUCAACCUCCCGCCAUGCGACAGUGGCAAUCCACAACCCGCAGAAAGAUGACGAUGGAAAGGAAAUGAGUGUGCACAUCACACCCCGAGCAUCAAACCGUCUGAAACAAAUAAUGACCAAGGAUUCGAACCCAGACUUCGCUUUACGGAUCCAAGUCGAGAGUGGCGGCUGCCACGGAUUCCAAUAUCUCAUCACCCCAGUCACAUUACCACCUUUAUCCGCUCAGUCAGAGUUGAAGCAGGAGUCUACGCCAGCGCUGAACACUUCGUCGAGCGAUCCAAAUGCUAUGCCGUCGAGGAGUUCUGGCAAUGAGGGAAUAAUGGAAGAGCAUUCGCCAGCGUUGAAUACAAGUUCCAGUGACCCCAACGCUAUGCCAUCUACCGACCACAAGAGCAAGAAUAAAGACAAGGUAACACAGAUUGACGAAGAAGAUGUCGUGUUCAUGUCAGAUGAUGGGUCUGAGGCGAAGGUUGUGAUGGACAAGGCCAGUUUAGAUUUGCUGAAUGGCAGCAAGGUCGACUUUACGAAUGAGCUCAUCGGAAGUCAAUUUAAAAUUGACAAUCCGCUAGCCACAAGUAGCUGCGGAUGUGGCACAAGUUUUGAUAUUAAGUAG